UUCCAAGCGAUAACCACAUAAGUUCUUAUUUUAAAGAAUCAUUUCGUUUGAUUUUCAUCCUUUCACGUUUUCUUGGCUUAAUGCCCUUCUAUUACUUCCAAGACAAAGUAAAAUACGUCUACACAUUCAAAUUCUCCCCAUUCUACGCCUUUCUAAGCCUUGGAAUGACUCUAGCCUUAUCUGCACUACUCUGGUACAGUAUGAUACAAGAUAUAAUCGAUCCCAGUCGAUUUGUGAAGUCAAUCGACAAGUACAUGGCUGUUUCCGACGCUGGAUUGGUUAGCGCAUGCCUCAUAACCUCAACAGCAGCAACUAUUAUCCUCCGAAGGACAAUCCUACAAUAUAUAAACCAUUUAAUACUGGUUGAUGACAUGUUACAACUCACAGAUGCAACCAAACCAAAACGUCACACUUUAUUAAUGAUUCUCAUCACGACUUGUACAAUGUCGUUCAUGGCUGGUUACGCAUUCUAUGUUUUUAGUUAUGUGACUCCACAAGUAACACAUUAUAAGUUACAAUAUAUCAGUUUUGUGCCGUAUUUUAUUUCGUAUUAUAUUCUGUUGAUUGUAAGUGUUUUAUACUGGAGUGUCUCGGAUGGUUUGACACGACGUUUACGUGCGUUGAAGAAUCAGAUGACGCCAUUGUUGCAAACGCAGGAUGAAUAUCCUGUGAUGGUGAAGAGAGGUGAGCAUUUGAUGGAUGAAAGAAAAUGGCGGCUUGAAGCGUUGGAUGUGCAGCACAUGGUGGAUUUAAUGCAGUUGUAUGAACAUCUUAUUGAAGCUUUGGCGUUGUUUAACAAGUUAUUUGGACCUACAAUAUUAAUGUUAUUGGUUAAUAUAUUGAUUAAUAUGAUUCUGCGGCCGUAUUUUGUGUUUUUUCACAUGUUGGGUAAUUCUAUGUUUGUUAUUUUGUUCCUGCACUUCUCCUGGUUGUUAUUUCAUAUUUCACGGUUGAUAUUAAUCGUGGAACCCGCGCAGAAGUUGACUGAUGAGCUGGAGGAUAUUCGUAUGGUUGUUAGGAAGCUGUUGUCGGGCAUAUCCAACAAAGAUUCUGACCAAGAAGUUGAAAUCUUUGCAAAAAAGAUUAUGUUGUUGUCUUCAGCUGCGUUUAGUCCUUGUGGGAUGUUUUGUGUCACACGAGGUGUUUAUAGUAGUGUUUUGGGCACGGUUAUAACCUAUUUGGUCAUUGUGAUUAACUUUUAUAAGUGAAAUCUUAUGAAGGAAGCGAUACUUACUAUAAUUUAAGUUUUAUUGUUGAUAUUGUUAUUGAAAUUCAAUGCAGAUUGU